GGCUCAAGAACCCCACAUUUACACCGCGACAAUGGCUUCAGGAUACGGACUUGCUGGUGGCCCCUCUCGCUGCUUCCCCUUCUGGCAAGAAGUCCUCGCCUGCUACACGACCAACACAAACGCCGAAGACGACUCUGGCAAAGCAAAAUGCGCCCCCGUCCUUGAAGACUACUACGAGUGUCUGCACCACAAGAAGGAGGCUGCACGUACCCUCGCCCUCCAAGCGGCUUACCGCAAAGCCGAAGCAAACAUAAAACGCGACGAUGCACCCAGCGCGGGGGAAAUAAGGCGAUUGGGUGUGCUCGAUGCGCCGCUAGAGGAGAAGAACCUCAAAGCGAGCAAAUGGUUCCCGCACAAGGAGAUUAACUAAGUGGGGUGGGUUGUUUAUGUACGAGGGAUCACACGACAAGACAUGGGAAGCAGAAAUGAAUUCAAUCUUUGAUUUUACCAAA